UCUCUCCUAUAUUUACGUAUUUGAAUGACGUAGAGGGAAGUUCUGUUUCACACUUCCUCUUUUGUUCUAUUUGGAACGAAGCAGUAAAGUGUCAUGGAACAAAGUUGUAUAAGUUCCACUUCAGCGCUAUUUCUUCGCGAGCAGAUGCUCCAUUCAGUCAGAAGAACAGCUCUUUUGAGAGUCAUUUUGGAGCAGAAUGUCGAGCCUGUACCACACUAUUAUUCAGAUCACUGACGAGCUCAGCACUGAUGAAUGCAAGCGCAUCUCUUACCUGUGCGGCGCUCUCGACACGGACAAGUUCUCUACAGAUCCCAGAGGCAUGUUACGGACUCUACUGUGUCAGACGAGGAUGGAUUACUUGUUUCUCAUGGAGCUCAUUCUGAAGAUUAAACGCUAUGAUCUGCUGCGAGCAGUGCUGAGCACCAACAAGAGCACGGUUGAGGGACUGCUGAAAAACAACCAUUCUGUGUCAGAAUACAGAGUACUGAUGGCUGAUGUUAGUGAGGACAUGGACACAGAGGACCUGAAGUCGUUGGCGUUCUUGCUGAGAGGAACUUUACCCAAACAUAAACUGGAAAAUGCCCAGAGUUUUUUGGACGUCGCAGUGGAGCUGGAGAAACUCGACCAGCUCUCCAGUGAGAAGAUGGACUUGAUCGAACACUGCCUGAGGUCUAUCCACAGGGCCGAUCUAGCUAAAAAGAUCAGUCACUACCAGCAGACAGUGCUAAUGACCAAACAAGGAUCUUCGCCUCCAGACAGACUGCAGUUCUGCCGAAUGCCUUUGCCAAGUGGCUCAUUUGGUGUCUCAACAGCUUCUUGUAAUCUGAGGCCCAUUUCCAAACUCUGUGAUAAACCGACAACAUUGAAGAAGGAACUACUUGGCUCUCGCUCCUAUUGUCAGCAGCAGGAGGACGAGUACAGUAUGCAGAGUGAUCCCAGAGGAGUGUGUUUAAUCAUAGACUGUGUCGGCUCUGAAGCAGAUGAGCUGGAGCAAACAUUCCAGGCUCUAAACUUUCAUGUGAUCACGCACAAGCUGCUGAGUGUGAGAGACGUGCAUUCCGCUCUGAGGGAAGUGGCUCAUCAGCAGGGUCACUACAGAGCGUCUGCGUUCAUCUGCUGCGUCAUCAGCCGAAGCCGCUCGUCAGAUCUGCUGGCCACUGACUCUCACGGUCCAGGACUGAACCUGGACACUGUCAGACGCCUCUUCACCUCAGACUCCUGCCCGGGCCUGGCAGGCAAGCCUAAACUCUUCUUUAUCCAGAGCUAUGAAGAGUCCGAGGCUCAGAGCUGUGCUGGGUGUAUGGGGUGUGGAGAUGAGGAGGGUGGAGAGCUGGAGACAGACGCACCUGGGCUCUUAUGCUCCAAGAGGACCGUCCCGGUGGACGCGGACAUCUUCUGGAGUCACUGCUGGACUAAAGGACGACAGCUGGAGGUGCCAAACCAUCGGUCUGUGUACCUGAGAGCCUUGAGAUCCUCCUUAACUGAGGGCCAGAAGAGGAGGACUCAUUUGGUAGAUGUACACAUGGCGGUGAAUCGGGCGGUAUACGAUCACAAUCACAAAUCUCCAGAGUCCUCUUACUUUUUCAAUCUGAGACACACUCUCAGGAAGAAAGUCUAUCUGUCAUGAUUCUGUCAUGAUUUCUCACGUUUAAGUGAAGGGAGGUGAUUAUAAAAGAACAGUUGAUGUUUGAGGAACGAUGGCCAUCACAAUGAUGUCGACAUGAAUUGUAUCAAUUAUGAUUAGCGGUGUUUCAGUAAAUAAAUCUCAGUCAGGUUUUGUCAUUGUAGCUCUUAUAGUGUCCACAUGCCGGCAGUGUUGUCCAGUGUUGGCAGUGAACUUGUGUUAAACAUUUUUUUCUUUCUUUUUUGCAUUAUAUUAUUUUACAAAUAUUUACAUUUUAGCGUUGUUUUUUAUGCAAAUAUUUAUAUUUUAUAUGCAUAUUUUUUGUCAUACUGUGUGUUUAUCAUUCCACGUGUGUCAUGUGUAGCUAUCCCUUCUGAACAUGUGUAACAGUGACUUAAUGAAUAACUGACACCAACUUUAAACUGUUAUGUUAGACAUGCUGUCUUAACAACACAAAUCCAGUUACUAUAUUUUACAUUAUAUGUCUGUCUAUGUAUUUCCAACUUCUCAUUGUUAUUUUUAUAUCAAACAUGUUCAACCCUGUUACCAUCAUAACUGACAUUAGUUCCUUUAAUAAUAAUAAUAAAUCAGUAAUGAAGUCAAGAUGCAACCCCUUAAGAUAAGUAUUGUCUCUUCUUAUGUAAAUUUGUCAGUAAGGGAAGAUCUUUGACUUAGUUUCAACCCUGUUACCAUGUUUUACCAGCUGAAAAGUGGAUUUUGUAGAAUUAUCAGCAUGUUGUUUCUAAUAAAACCCCUGUGUCAUGACCUCGA